GCAAUAACUUAAGGCAGACGUUUUCAAGUCACACGAGCGGCGAGAGUGCUUCAGUUAGCUUCAGUCAUUCCUAAAUUCCCGUUCGCUUUCGCCGUGUGCCAUCAACAGUUCGCAUUAAUUUUGAAUAGUUUUAGCGUAUUAUUUUUUACAUUACCGUACUGUUUUGCGUGUUUCUUUUUUAAUGUUUGUUACAACAUAAUCCAAUUGGUGCAUUGAGUUUGAAUUGUGAUUUGUGAUACAAGAGUUUUCCUAUCUAUUUGGAUUAGUUUCUUAAGUUUAGUGUAAGGGAAGGCAGAAAUCACACACCGAUAAAAGUGCAUUAUCAUGUCGAAACCAAGGGUGCUUAUUCUAGGAGGAUGUGGCUUCAUCGGUCGCCACCUGGUAGACUACCUGGUGUCGAACGAGCUUGCUGAGGUGAUCAAAGUCGUGGACAAAACGCCUCCACAAAUGGCGUGGCUAAACCAGCGGCAUACGGACGCCUUCGCUAGUCCAAACGUUGAGUACUGCAGUGCCAAUCUGAUCAAUCCUGCCUCCUGCCAGAACGCAUUUAAAACGGACGACGGUUCGGGGUGGGAUUAUGUGAUCAAUUGUGCUGCCGAAACGAAGCCGGGUCAAACGGAUGCCGUCUACCAGGAGGGAAUCGUAAAACUGGCCAUGAAUUGUGCCACCGAGGCUGUGAAAUAUCGCGCUAAGCGGUUUGUCGAGCUCAGUACUGGAAGCAUGUGCUCGAGCGAAAAGAUCCCACAGAAGGAGGACUGCCCAGUGGAACCGUGGACCAUGGUGGGUAAAUAUAAAGCUCUAACGGAGCAGGAGCUGGCGAAGGUGGAAGGGUUGAAGUACACAAUUUUGAGAUUGCCGAUAUGCUACGGAGUCGGCGAUAGAAAAGGAUUAACACCUCGUUUAAUUAUAUCUGGAAUAUACAAAUACCUCAAUGAAACAAUGAAACUUUUGUGGACUGAUUCGAUGAAAAUGAACGUUGUUCACGUGGAGGACGUGUGCUGUGCCUUAUGGGAGCUUGUGCAGAACGAACGAACCGUCGGUGAAACGAUCAAUGUCUGUGAUGACAGUGAAGCCACGCAGGAAACCAUUAGUGAUUUACAGGCAGACAUAUUUGGUAUUAAGAUUGAUUACUGGGGAGUUGUCAUGUCUAGCAUGACCAAAGUUGACAUGGCUGGUGCGAUUGAGGAAGUCAAUGAUAAACACCUUGGACCAUGGGCUGAAGUGUGCCAGAAAGAUGGUGUGCUGAAUACUCCACUCACACCGUAUAUGGACCAGGAGCUUUUACUAUACAAGCAUUUAAAUUUAGACAAUAAUAAACUUAAAAGCUAUGGAUACGAGCUAAGACGCCCCAAAAUUACUCGAGAAAGUCUUGAGGAGAUGGUUAGGGAUUUCAUCGCCAUGAACCACUUCCCCAGAUCGCUUCUUGAGGCCUAAUGAGUCAAAGUACUUCGACGAAAUGAAACAUCUUAAGAAACUUAAUUGCUCAAUAUAUCAUCCUUAUAUACGAAGUAAUGAAAGCUAUGUGAUCUCGGUUUUGCAAUUCGGAAAACAGUGUACUGAAAACGAUGCCUAGCAUUAUA